AUGCAUUACUUGGAUGAGCAAGUGAAAUCCAUAAAGGAGCUGGGUGAUCAUGUGACCAAUCUGGGAGCCCCACAAAAUGACAUGGCUGUAUACCUCUUUGACAAACACACAUUAGGAGAGUCCCAUGACUGUGCUUUGUCCUGCUUCCUGCCCUCUACUUUUAUCUAUUCUGUUUAUUUGUGA